AUGACUGCCAGACAUACAGUCAUGCUCCUGGGGGCAGUGGUCCUCUCCCUUCCAAGCCUUGCUCACAGCUUCCAACCACUCUUCUCACUUGAUGGGAACACCAUCACUCACUGUCACAUCACAGAAAGGGCGGUCUUUCAAAAGACAGCUGAGGUCUGCCGAGACCUUGCUGCCUCCAAGGGAAAGGACUUCAGCCUGGUUAUUGAUAACAACCUGUCAGCUAGCAAAGUGCAAAGGGCCUGCUCCUCCAUAGGCACUUCCACUUCUGUCCUCUCCACUGUCACCUUCCAAACUUCCAUUGCCCAAAUGUACUUCAGCAAUGCAAAGGUGGACAUAGACUUUCUACUGAGUGACAAGCACCAUUUCGACGAUGAGACCUUCCAGGGAGGACGGGAUCUCAUCACAGCAGGUGUGUCUUAUGUGAAGGCCAGUGUGAAGCUGGGAAACUUUGCUGCAGGGAGGUGGACUCUUGGACGAGUGUUCCACACCCUUCAGGACUUCUACAGCCACAGUAACUGGGUGGAGCUGGGGAACACUGAACCUUACAGCACUCUGAUCAGACCUGACCAACUUUUUGAAAACCUAGCAGGCCCAAAUACUCCAACCUGUACAAGCUGUACAGGAGGACAUUGUUCUAACAACCUUCUGCCAGCGCUGCAGCAGCAAAGGCUUCUCACUACAGGCUACUUCAGCUUAAUCUCCUCAGCAAAACCUGCAGGUAAAUGCAGCCAUGGAGGUAAAUUUGACCGGACAAGCAGACAAGAACCAGUGGGGGGCAUCAAUAAAGAUGAUGUUUCAGCCGAUCAUGGCUCACUCCACCACAAAGCAGCUGAUGUAGCUGUAAAUGCCACUAUGGAGCUACUGGAUGACAUCAGAGAAGCUGUCGGAGACAAGAACUUCCUGCAACUGAUGGGCCUCUCCCAGUCCUCUGUGCUGUGUUUUGUCAUUGACACCACCGGCAGUAUGAGUGAUGACAUCGCAGAGGCUAAGAGAGUUUCCUUCGACAUCAUUGACAGAAAAAGGGGAACCCCGCAAGAGCCCUCUGCCUACAUAUUGGUACCUUUCAAUGACCCAGGUUCUGGACCACUGACUAGGACAACCAAUGCAGACAUCUUCAAAGACAGAAUCAACAAGCUGUCUGCUAAUGGAGGAGGAGACAUCAGAGAGAUGUGCUUGUCUGGACUACAGCUUGCCUUGACUGCAGCUCCACCCUCCUCUGAGAUCUUUGUCUUCACUGAUGCUCCAGCCAAAGAUGCUCAUUUAAAAAGCACCAUCACUGCCCUUAUAGAGAGCACCAGGUCUGUGGUAAAUUUCAUGUUGACCAAUGUCAUCUCCAGUCGAAGGCGCCGCAGUGACAUUCAGGGUCUGUCUCCGCAUUCAAUGAGCCAAUCUGAUGUCAAACUUUACCAUGACCUAGCCAGAGCCUCUGGAGGUCAGGCCAUUGAGGUCACAAAGUCAGACCUCUCCCUGGUUACAAGCGUUAUAGAGGAUUCAUCAGCUAGCGCUGUGGUGACAGUUUUCCAGGUAGUGAUGAAUCCUGGAAAGCCUGACAGUUUCAAAUUUACUGUUGAUGGUUCACUAAGGAACAUGACAGCCUACAUCACAGGAGCCUCAUCUCUCAACUUUAAUCUCACCAGCUCCACAGGUGUAUCUCAGAGUUCCAGUGAGUCUGAUGGUCCUCUGGCAUCUUUCACCACAGCAGGAAACCUACGCCGUUUAUGCCUCAACACUGACAAUCGAACAGGGUCAUGGAAAAUCAGUAUUAACUCCAAUAAGCCCUACUCUGUUAAAGUCAUAGGUCAAAGUUCAGUGAACUACAUCUAUUAUCUUGUGGAAGCAAAUAAGGGAGCCCAUGGGUACUUCUUUCUGAAGGAGGGGCACCCUCUUUCAGGGGGAAAUUCCAGCAUCAUGGUUUCUGUUGGAAGUGACACAGUAGAGGUUACAGAGGUGACACUGUUUGACAGUUCGGGGCCAACAGAGAUCAACGGAUCAUUGCAGGCAUUAGGAGGUGGUAACUUCCUGGUGCAUUUCAGUAGUGUCCCAGCAGGUGAGUAUGUUGUUCGACUGAGAGGUGAGGACAACAGCUCCACCUCCAAGUCAACAACAACCAGCUUCCAGAGGCAAGCCUCCACACAGAUCAAGACCUCCAGCAUCUCUGUUACUGCCCAAGCCAACAUCACCAACAUAGAACCAGGCUCCACUAUCUCCAUCCCUUUCACAGUCGCCACAAUGACCAAUGGAGUUGUUAAUGACAACGCAACUGGGACAUUCACCAUGCAAGCCAACAAUGACCGCAGCUAUGCUUCCACUUCACCCAGCACUGUCACUGUAGCAGCAGGCAGUGGAGGUAAAGCUAAUGAUACUAUAACCUUGACAGUACCAGCCAAUGCUGUGUCAGGAACAGAUGUGACCCUAACUAUCGAGGCAGAAAAUGCAGCUGCCACCGACAUCAACUAUGCUGUCCUCAGGUUCUCUGUUGCUGUCAAGGUGGCAGAUGUUAACCGUCCAGGGUGCCAGGUAGUCAGUGCAUCUGCCAGCUGUCCAUUGUCUUCAUCACUUUGUGCUUCCUCCCAGUGGGAAUUCAUCGCUAACCUCACUGAUGGCAUCAAUGGGACUGGCAUUGAAAGAAUCACCAUCCGAAGAGGGAAUGGUACCCUCAAUACCAGCACAGCUGUUGGAGCAGGGGGGGAGAAUGUUACAGUGGCUACCUACAGCGCAUCCUGCUGUUCACAGACUGUAAAGCUGGCUGUUGUGGACAGAGUAGGAAAUGUGGGCACAUGUGUGGGACAGGCGAGAGCACUUACCACAGCUGCACUUGUGACUACAGUUAACACAACAUCCACUGGAGGGCACACUUUGAGCAUAUCAUAUUGUCUCUACAUCAGUGUUGUGGUUUCUCUCCUUUGGGAGUGA